GCAUUUUCUUGGUUCUGUUCAGGAAGGAGAGGCCUCCGUCAAGAAGAGGCGGAAACGUCGCACUAGUUUUCCUCGAAAAGUUGCCACGCAUUGUUUAACGCUGCGUCAUACCGCUGCUGCUUAGAAAGCGUCGGGCAAAAGAAAAAUAUUUACCUUUCCCUGAUUCUCUUCAGCGCAAGUGGACUUCGCCCACAGUAGCGACCCCGGAUCUUCGUUGCAAAUUGACCGCAGACAUGCCUGUCAAGAGGGACGAGAUGUUAGAUGUUUUGUGCAUGGUGUCCAAAGAAGAAAAUUUACGAGUGACACUCAAGCAUUCAUUUAGAGGAGGUCUUAUCACUGGUGCAACUGCAAUGGUAGCCAGUAUUAUCAUGGGACCAAUUGGGCUAGCCGUUGGUGGGGCUCUUGGUGGCUGUGCAGCUGCAAUAAUGAUGCAAGACAAAUUUGUGUCUGCUGCAGAGAUUAUCAGCAACAUGUCUGAUGACCAAAAGGACGACCUCAUCGCUGCUGUUCAGCGAGCUUUCGCUGAAAUUGAAGUCACUGAUGUGGUGGAGUUGGCAGCUCUCCUAUGUGGUGAUAUCCAUAUCAAAAAGCGGAUCAUUCGUGGUAUAAUUGAUUAUUUUCACAGUCAGAUGCACUUGGAAAUUAUUGACUGAAGAUUGUUACCUUAGGAAUACCACUUUCUGGAGUUCUGCCUGUGGUAGCGUGAUCCUUGUUCUGAGCUGUUUUGGUGUGUACAUGUGUAAAUUCAUAUUCAUAUGUGAGCACUAAGACUCAUUUACUUUUACGACAUUGCUCCAUAAGCCAACUAGGGAGGUAAUUUUACCUCCAUGUACUGGGAAGGAAAUUUUGUUAGUCAGAUCAUGCCUUCAAAAAUUAUGCUGAUUGCAAUUUACUAUUCAAAUUCAAAAUGUUUAAUACAGAGCCUGCUGAAUAAAUCGCUUGCGAUCUGGCAAUAUAUUUACACAUGUUAUAAAGUGUAAAUUUUACAAGCUUCUAUUGGAACACUUGGUCAAGCUUAAUUCAUUGAUAUGCCAAGCAGUUAAAUUUCAGGUAUUUAACUUAUGAUAUAUUCAGUGUGGCCACUAUUUGACAAACAAGGCUUGUUCAUGCAUUUGUUUUAGCCCCAACUCGUAAAGCAGUCAUCAAUCCAAAAGAAAUCCAGGCUGCUUGUGCAGGCAUCAGCUAUUGUGAAAGAGAGUGAAACUGAAAGAAAAAAAAAUGUUUGAAUGAAAUAAUAUUGCAAGGUAAAACACUGUUUGAACAUGUGAAGGUGCAAGGUACAAACUGGUGCCUAUCGUAACAGUGAAGGUUCUGUCUCAGGCAGCAGCGGCAAAUGACGCUGCUGAUGCUUCUGACUGAUCUACUCGCUUCUUUUAGGGGCACGAAGGCACUGAAGGAUCUAUAAUGAAGCAUAAAUCAUUUUGUGUGUGUGUGUUUUUUUUUUUGCAUGUAACAGACUGCUAGACUCAAUUUUAAUGCAGUCAUUUGGAGAUCUCAAGUGAAUCAAGCCAUAUUCAUCAAUAUGCACAUCAUAGCAUCAUAGCAGCCUGCACCCUGUAUAUAUUUUAUUUGUUUGUAUUUUGCGUGUUUGCUUCUCAUUGUAAGUUCCUUUAUUUACUAGUUUAUCUAGUAGCAGCAGUUCAGAGGCUGUUGGUGGGGUGCAGUGUGACAAAUGUUUUGAAAAAAGGUGUGUCAAAUUGAACAAAUUUUUCAUUAUAUUUAUGCCUUAUGUGAUUUUAAUUAGCAUCAGACAACAUUGCUAACAUUUUUUGUCUUGUGUAAUACUUCUGUUACAUGGGUAACUUGUGCAUCCUGCCAUCCUUGAGAAAAAAUUGAGCGCAUGCAAUGAGUUGUUUGUAACUCAUUUAUAUGUAGAUGCAACAUCAUAGCACUUGCAUUGCUGAGUAUUGCAAAGCCUAGUGCAAGAACGUUAUAAAUAGAACCAGUAGAACUGAACUUAGAGCCAGAUGUCAUUGCCAGAGCUCAGCAGGCAUAGCCACAAUGUUAGUAUGAUGUCCAUGUUAAAAAUGCACAUUUUCAUGUGUUAAUCUUUUGUUGGGUCCCAACAUAAUAUAAUUCAGAGUGAAAUCUACAGUAGCAAUUUGUGGGUUAAUGAGAAUGACAGAAAAAAAGAAGAAGAAAUGGUGCCAGGUGUCAUGCUCUGCAUGUUAUAGUCAGGUUGCUGCCAAUAUUUUUCUGUUCGUAUUGUUUUAUUUGUCUUAUACAAUAUAUCUGCCAACCAGCCCAAUUCAGCAUUUUGGUGAACUGUGAGGGAUUGCAGCUGUAGCAGGAACUUUUGUCUUGAGAAACCAAUUACAAGUUGCUUGUAAUCUGCUUUACUUGAAUGUAAAAUUAAAUUCUGGAAUUUACAUGCCAGAACAACAAUCUGAGGCACAUUGUUGUGGGAGGCUCUAGAUUGUUACCUGAUUGGACCACCUGAGGUUCUUUAAUGUGCACUCAAUACACGGUACAUGUGUGUUCAUGCAUUCUGCCCCCAUUGGAAUGCGGCCACAACUGCCAGGAUCUAACCCACGACUUUGAGCUCAGCAGCCCGAUGCCAUAGCCACUGAGCUAUGCGGUGGGUCCUGAAUAUACAGAGCAUGCACACACCUCAUUUUGUUCGAUAACUGCAAGAAAAGGUAGGAUGUGCAUUGGUUCGGUCACAUAGCUGGAAUGUAGAUGAAAGUAAUUGAUUGAGGGGCACUUGCUAGAUAUUUGUAUUGAAUCUAGCAUGUUAACCACAAAGUAUAUGUGAACCAUUGAUGCUGUCUAGCGUGUUUGCUGAAGGCAAUUUAGCCCUCUUUGUUGUGACAGUGUUUCUCUGUAGUGCGAUAAUAACCAUGAUAACGGUUAGGAAUGCGCAUGCACUUGACCUUGAAAAGGAUGUGAAAGCGUGUGCUCGGCGGCACUCGGUCAGUUAACGCCAUGGGGCGGCCUAAGAAAGUUCGUACUGCCGAAGAAGAAGCUGCGAAUCGCGAAGCUAGACUCGUUGCAAUGUGGGAGAAACGACAGCAACGACAGGCCGAUCCAACCUACUUGGCCAGAGAGGCCAAAGCCAACAUGUGGCGACUACGCAAAGACUUGGAAUACGCCAAUCGAGAGAGAGCCAGGAUCGCUGCGAAGCAUCGACGAUUACACCAAAACCCUGCAGUGCGAGAGGCAAAGUACGAGCGAUGCCGAGCUCACGCUUCAACUGGGGGUGCCAGCGCUCGGUUUCAACGUGAGUUCCUCUCGUUGGAGUUUGGACAUUCCUGCUGAGUGUGCGAUCGACUGUGGUUUGACUCAAACCUAUCAAUGCUCAACACGGUUCGGCCUGUCGAGAAGCAUGCACAAGGCAUGUGUGUGCUGCGAGACAUCUUCCCGGAGGCCAGUGACCACGAUGAGAUGCGGCUGUGUAGGACCUGUUGAGAAACGGUCUUACGCGGGUAGGUGCCACAGUUCAGCAUGACAAACAGCUUUAAGUAGCCACCGAAGCCAGCGGGACUACCACGUUUGAACGAGGUGGAGGAACAAAUGGUAUCCCCUCGAAAUACCAUUCAUGAACAUUCGACGACUAUGGUCAAUACGGCAUACGGAGACAGGUAUUUCGCUGUUUCAAACCUCACGCAACCAAGUGCGAGCUUGCCCGGUGUUUCUCUCCUUUUUUUGCUAAUGCGUGGACUUGAUUGUACAGAUAGCGAACUCCACAAAUUCGGUUACAUGUGGAAUUGCGGAGUCAGCAUCGGACAAGUGAUCGUGGAUGUCCUCUUCUGGGUCAUAAUCGCUAUUGCUUGAGCUGUCGCCUCCAGCAUAGCUGUCAUUGUCGGAAGGAAUAUCUUCAUAUCAAACUGGAAAAAACAUUUUGAACAUCAAAUUUAAUUUCAUGUUGAAUUUUGGUUCUACAAUCUGUGACCCCACCUAUAACCCCUUUCAAGCAUGGUGAUCAGUUUAAUUGACCACUAUAGUAAAUAUCGCAAUGCAGCAUCAAGUUGAUCCACAGCGUAUUUUUGCCACUACAGCCAGUAGGAAAUACUCCUGCGGUAUGUGUUACAUCCUAAAAAAGUUCCAUGUAAGUUCACAUACCUUUGCAUCAGUAGAAAUUUUCAGGGUUCGGCGCUGGAAAUGGCAUGCUGGCUAUAAGUCUGUUGCUUGACAAUAAAAAAAAACUCUCCCUAGACAACUAGCACCAUAUGGCGCACUUUCAAAGAAGUCUGAAGGGGAAAAGUGAACACUUGUUUUCCAGCUAAACAAGUAUAUGGCACUGCAAAAAAAUUUUGAAUUGGUCAGCAAUGCUGACCGCUGUGCCUGAAAGAGUUGAACUGUUUCGUGCUCAACCAGUAACUGUUAUUUUUUUUUCAGUUCAAGUUCAAUUCGGGUUCAGGCACAUUCUGAAAAUAUCAGUUCAGGUUCAGUUCCUCCCAAAAUCACAGUUUGGGUAUGGUUUUCAGUUCGGAUUCAAGUUCGAUUCGACACCCUGGUUGUUACAAUUAUAUGUGCUUUUAUAGUAUUAAAAGACCACCACAAUAAGAAUCAUUUGGGCUAACAAUGGCUGGUGUUUUGUGCACAGUAUUAUACAGGGUCCCCUACCUUAGAUACUUUUUUUGUCAGUGUUGAUGCAGUCUAACAAGUUGGGGCAUUACUGCCUCGAUUGGCAUGUGUUUGUCUGAAUGUACAAGUAUUGUAAAUAUGAAUUUAUGUUCAAAAUUUUCAAUGGGGAAAAAAAAACGCAUUGCUCUGUGCUUUAAUUUUAGAUAUUGCGAUCGGGGUUCCGAGGAUUUGAGAUAUCUAUAAAGCAUGGAGGAGUGAGGGAAUGCGGGGUUGGCCCAGAUAUCCAGGAUGUUUUAAAUGCACACAUUUAUAUUAUGUUUUGUACAAGAAUGAUGCAGAAAAGACUGAAUUUAAGAUGGUCACGCUCAAGUUCAAGCUGCCAAUCUCUCUUCCAAGUGCCCGUCUCCUCUUUCUAACCCUUCCAUUGGCCUGGUCCUGUUGCCUUCCCCUCAUCUAACGCCAGGAGAUGGAUAACAUUAUGCCCCGCCAAUUCGGAGGUUAGUAGCCCUUUUCCUCCGAGGGGAGCUUGGGCCAAAACUCGCACUUGAAAUGGGGAGGCACAAUGACCCCGUCUCCGGCAUGGACAUGGCAGUUUGGCCUGAUGUCAGGUGAUGUGAAGGAAGGUCUCUGUUUUGGCAAAGCCCUUCCUGGCAUAGUUGGCGUAGCUCAACUGUUUGCCAUAAAUCGUUGCAGUUGGGCGUGGCUCUGAUGAGGUCAUCGACUUGUUCCCCAUUGUUACGUACUCCGUGAGUGACUGGUUUUACGGGGUAAAUGGCAGAUCACAACAUUCAUCAUCACCAUCAGCCUAUUUUAUGUCCACUGCAGGACGAAGGCCUCUCCCUCCGAUCUCCAAUUACCCCUGUCCUGCACCAACCGAUUCCAGCUAGUGCCUGCAAAUUUCUUAAUUUCAUUACCCCACCUAGCCUUCUGCCGUCCUCAACUGCGCUUCCCUUCUCUUGCUACCCAUUCUGUCGCCCUAAUGGUCCAAGGGUUAUCUAACCUGCGCAUUACAUGACCUGCCCAGCACCAUUUUUUUCUCUUAUUGUCAAUUAGAAUAUCGGCUAUACCAGUUUGCUCUCUGAUCCAAACCGCUCUUUUUCUGUCUCUCAAGGUUAUGCCUAGCAUUCUUCGUUCCAUCGCUUUUUGUGCGAUCCUUAACUUGUUCUCAAGCUUCUUUGUCAGUCUCCAAGCUUCUGCUCCAUAUGUUAGCACAUGUAAAAUGCACUGAUUAUACACUAUUCUGUUUAAUGAUAAUGGUAAGCUUCCAGUCAGGAUCUGACAAUGUCUGCUUAAUGCGCAACCACCCAUUUUUAUUCAGUAAAUUUCGUGCUCAUGAUCAAGGUCCCGUGUGAUUAGUUGACCUAAGUAAACAUACUCCUUCACAGACUCUAGAGGCUGACUGGUGAUCCUGAACUCUUUUUCCCUUGCCUGGCUAUCGAUAAUUAUCUUUGUCUUUUGUAUAUUAAUCUUCAACCUCACUCUUAUACUCUCUCUAGGGUCCUCAAUCAUUUGUUGUUACUCGUCCCCAGUGUUGCUGAACAGGACAAUGUCAUCUGCAAAUCGAAAGUUGCUGAGGUAUUUGCCGUUGACCUUUAUUCCUAAGCCUUCCCAGUUUAAUAGCUUGAAUACUCCUUCGAAUCAUGCAGUGGAUAUCAUUGGAGAAAUUGUCUCCUUGCCUGACCCCUUUCUUCAUAGGUAUUUUCGACUUUUCUUGUGGAUAAUUAAGGUAUAUAGCUAUGGAAUCUUUGUAGAUAUUUCCCAAGGUAUUCACGCGUGCCUCCUGUACUCCUUUAUUAUGCAAUGCCUCCAUGACUGCUGGUAUCUCGACUGAAUCAUGUGCCUUUUCGUUAUAUGUGAAAGCCAUAUAGAGAGUGAUUGUACUCUGCGGGUUUCUCGAUUAAUUGAUGACAUGGAUGUGAUCUAUUGUAGAGUAUCCCUUCCUGAAGCCAGCCUGUUUCCUUGGUUGACUUGGUUGACAACAAUGGACUUGGAAGUCCAUUGUUGCCCGUAUUCCAUAGGAAAUUAUCUGGGUGAAUAUUUCAUAUAAUAUGGAAGUAAGCUAAUGGGCCUAUAAUUUUUCAAUUCUUUAACCUCUCCCUUUUUGUGGAUUAGUAUAAUGUUUGCAUUCUUCCAGUUCUCGGGGACUCUUAAAGACAAUACACGCUUCGUAUUGAGAGCCGCCAGUUUUUCAAGCACUAUGUCUCCUCAGUUUUUGAUUAACUCGACUGUUAUUCCAUCUUCUCCUGCCGCUUUUCCCCAUUUCAUGUCUUGCGAGGCUCUUCUAACCUCAUCGCUAGUUAUAGGAGGAGCCUCUGUAACCUGUUCAUUACUACUUUGAAUGGAGGUAUCGUGACUGCUUUGGGUACUGUACAGGUCAGUAUAGAAUUCUUCCGCUGCUAGCAGUGUAAACCUUGCAUGUCUCAAGCAGUUUUCUCAUUUGCUUAGUUUCAAGAUUUUAGGGAACCAAUAUAAUAUCAUUCAAUAUAAGUAUGCACAUUUAUAUACGUGUUGAACAUUGACAGUACAAAGCACAGUUUAUGUAAUCAAGCAUAUUGACUUGAUUACUUUAGUUUUCUAUAGUCUUCAAGAUUGAAAGCGAUUGAGAGAUAUUGGAGAUUGAAAGUUGGUGGAAAAAUAUUCCUAUGUGCAUUAUUUGUAGUUUUGACAUUCAAGAACCAGAACCGUGACUGAAAAUCUAGCGGUCUCUCUUGGUAUUCAAGAUGUGAACAUCUUAUAUGAACCUUUAGAAAUUGAGUUUUUUCCCCUCUUUUUUUCUUCCAAAUUUUGAAGCACAUGCAAAUGUACUUCAUAUUACUGUGAUAGGAAGUAGCAGACAUUUUUCUGAAGGGUCUCAUUGUUAGAGCAUUUGGCCAUGCAAAAAUUCUUUGCAAUCAAAUCCUCCACAAGACAGAUGUGACAAGUUUGCCCACUGCUGGUUUCUUUUGGUCUAAAAUUAUCAAAGUUGGCAGGCUUUGGCUUUAUCACUUAUUAUAGUUAAAAGUAAUGUCCACGUGCAGUUUGCGUGAGAGAAUUCUGAAUGUUCCACAUAUGUUCUGUUAUGUACAAAGUGCUGUUAUGUGGUGCAAGUGCCUGAAAAAGCAUUGGCUGUGAUAAAGCUGUAUCCAUUGUAUUUUGUAACAUCUUGUAGGGGAGUACUGUGCAACCAUGGUAGCCAGGCCACAUGUGGUCUGUGUGCCAAAGAAACUUUGCAUUAUGCAUUGCUGUGUGAUUGUGUACAAGUGUUAUGUUGGUAGAAUAAAUAUUUCUUACUUGAUUGUAUAAUGAA